CGACGCGCUCGCUUACGGCAUCUCCUUUGUCCGAUUGCUCACGUUCUUUCGCGCGUAUUUGCUACGCGACGCCGGCGGCAGAUCCCUGUCCCGAUCCUGAAAAAGCAAUUGAUAGGCAGCGUACAAAGGCAACGGCCGUACAACCCUGGGGGCCCGUCGGGGUGUUUUUGUGCACGCGCCGAACCUUCGAGCACGUGAGCGCGCCAAGAUACAGUUUUCGCCGUGAUCGCCAAGCGCCCACCGGAUGCAAUGCGUCCAUGCUCGAACGCAGCGCUCCAGACUGUCUGCGUACUCAUCUUUCUGUUAAUGACGCCAACGACUGUUGAAGGCGAUAGACAACAGAGGCAACGCUCUACAGCACAGGGCAGGGGUCCAUGGGAGAUCACAGAAGUAAAAUCAUGCACUCGUGAACGCUGCAUAUACAGCUGCGCAAUGUUAAAAAAUUUCGACGAGGAAGCUGUCGAAGAUGCGCACUGCGAAGGUUCCCAGUGUGUUUGCAAGUACAAAAGAGCGUGCAACGUGUCGGACUGCUAUCAAAAAUGCGCGCGCGAGAAAUUUGUGAAACUGUUCAAGAAAAGCGCCUGCUUCAUGAGAGAAUGCUUCUGCCUCUUCGAAGACCGAUGCGAGAAGCGCAGUUGCGCCGAAGGUUGCCCAGGGAAGCGCCGGCUGGACGAUGGCGUAAAAGGUGUCUGCAUCGGAAGCGGGUGCAGCUGCAGAUGGGCCUGAAAUCACAUGGUGGUUGGUCAGCCAAGCGCACAACGCCAACGGCAGCACGGGUUAAAGGGCUUCCGCGUACAUAAAGUGUUAAAAAAGAAAACACUGUUUCUACGAGCGCUUAUCAGAACAAGUCUAUGUAAUCGUCAAUAAAGCUUCGGCAUCGUUAAG